AUGGAGGACAAGAAGAAGAAAAGGAGUCCCAAGCCCUGCCUGACCCAGCCAGCCCAGGCCCCGGGCACAUUACGAAGGGUCCCCGUGCCCACCAGCCACAGUGGCUCCUUAGCCCUGGGACUCCCUCAUCUGCCAUCCCCCAAGCAGCGAGCCAAGUUCAAGAGGGUAGGCAAGGAGAAAUGCCGCCCGGUGCUGGCCGGAAGUGGGGGUGGCUCGGCAGGCACCCCGCUGCAGCACUCGUUUCUGACCGAAGGGACGGACGUCUAUGAGAUGGAGGGGGGACUGUUGAACCUCCUCAAUGAUUUUCAUUCAGGCCGGCUGCAGGCCUUCGGGAAGGAAUGCUCCUUUGAGCAGUUGGAGCACGUGCGGGAGAUGCAGGAGAAGCUGGCCCGGCUGCACUUCAGCCUAGACGUGUGUGGAGAAGAGGAGGAAGAGGAGGAGGAAGAGGACGGGGUCACUGAGGGACUGCCAGAGGAGCAGAAGAAGACGAUGGCCGACCGAAACCUGGACCAGCUGCUUAGCAAUCUGGAAGAUCUUAGUAACUCUAUACAGAAGUUGCACCUGGCCGAGAAUGCCGAGCCUGAGGAGCAGUCAGCUGUGUAGGUGUCGGACCCAGGACCAGAC